GACGAAUUAAGCGAUACGGGACAAGAGACUUACUUUCCUCCUACUACUUACUACUUACUACUUACUCUGUAUGGCCUUGUUGACUGAUAUCACCUACUGUUUGAUGUGAUGCGUUUUCUGUCUUCAUUUCCUAUUCUACAUUUGUGUACUUUUCUUCAUGUGAUCUUAUUUUACCUUUAUUUUUUUCUUUCUUUCUUACUAUCCUUAUUCUACAUUUCCCCUUUUCCCUUUAUUUUGUUCAUUUCAGCGUGUGCGGUAAUUUCGUCUCUUAGCAUAUCUGAUUGUUUAUCAUUAAUACCCGGGUUGCAGCUGAAAUUGAGGAUGUGAUUGAACUGUGG